AAUUAUAAUCAUUUAAAUAAAAUCACUGCGAGGACAUAGAAGUGCCCGUAGUUGCAGAAUCACCAUUAAAUGACCAACAUUGUUGAUGAAAGUUAAUUUACUAUGAAUUUCAUAGCUUGUGCUAAAAGGCCAACACUGCCACACACAAUAUGGCGCCAUAAACUCGCGCUUUUGCCCUGCUUCACAAGGAAACGGGACUCAGGGAAACAAUAUUUGCACUCUACAGUUCCGCAUUGUGGUUAGCAUGCAGUCAUUCACAGCCAAUACGAGAUCGAUCGACUAGAGCAGAGGAACACAUGUUUUGUCUAUUUGAAAAGUUAGCUGUCAUAAACACAAAUGACUACUAUACCGUUUAGCUCAGUUGAAGUGAUGAUUAGGUUGUGAGUUAGUGAUGGAGAACAUUGACGAGACACCGUUUCGGAUCACCCGUACCGUCCAAGCUCUGGGCUCCGCACUACGGGGAGAGCCUGAAAAUGUUCCCGAUGCCGGUCAGGGUAGCAGUGACAGAAUCUCGAGUGAGCCGGAGAAGCUUUGGUUUAAAGAAAGCAGCGCUAAGAAUCUCCAAAACAGGGAUUUCUUGUCACCCACUACGGUGCUGAAUACGCUUUAUGCAGACGGACAGGUUCCCCCAGCAGUGAUGGGUAGAGUGCUGUCCCUGAAAGGGUGUGGGGUUCUCCCUGUGGCUGGUGGGGAGGUCAUGGGAGAGGGGCUGAGGGUGCGGGUUGACCGGAUUGCCGCGUUUCAGAAGGUCCUGAGUGGAGUGUCGGCGUACCUGAAGCCUCCUAGCCAGAGACAGGGGGGUGUGGUGCUCAACUGCCCGGCCCUUCACCCCAAACCCAAUUUACCCUCCCCGGACACACUCACGCUGGGGCAACUACGCACCGUGCUGCUGACUGACCACUUAGGGGCGCUACUGAGGAGACAGGGGUUUACUGUGUCCUGCUGCCCUGUGCUGCCUGAAGAUAGCAACAUCAUCGUCUUCCUCCGAAUACUUGGCGUCGAUUGGCCCUCAGUGCCGGUCAGCUGGACCAAUGACGAGAGGGAGGAGAAGAUGUUGGAGGCUUUACAGAAUUCCCCGUACAAAGAAAGAGAGGAGACAGAUGGAGGAAGGCGAGAGACUGAAGAAAAGAAGAUGGAGGGAGAGAAGGAGUGGGGGACGCUCAGGGUGAACUUGAAGAGGGUGUUUCAGGAGGAGCAGCUGCCAGGGUAUGACCCCAGCCUGGGUACCUGUACAGUGCAACGAGACAGUGUGUCUCAUCUGGCCCAACUGGACAGGGCUACUGCAGACUGCACAGUAUCCACAGCAACCGUGGUACAUGUCACUUCCUGUCAGGAUGAGUUCCGCCAGCAGCAGAUAGCGAUGCUCUGGAGAGCCAGCGGUGCAACAGUGACACAGAGGCAUCUAGUUUGUGGACCAGUGAAGACUCCUGGAAGUCACCUCAGUGCGGCCCAGUAUCUCCAACUGAGAAGAGUGCAGAUGAAGGAGGCCUCAGAGAUGAAGUACGGAGAACAAGUCGAAGGCCAGACUUGGGAUGACAUCAUCAAGGUCAUGACCUCAGCCACUGUGAGGUUUGAGCUGCUCUCAACGGUCCAUAUGAGCCCGGUCACCCUGGACGUGCAGAGGGAAGGCAGUGUGUCCACCAAAGGUCCCAGAGGCGGAGUCUUUGUCAUGUACAACUGUGCUCGGCUCCACACCCUCUUUGACAGUUACGAGCGAGGCAUGGAGAAGGGACUUUACCCUGAAAUCCCAGAGGGCUCCCAGUUGGACUUCUCAGCUCUAAAAGAAGAGGGGGAGUGGCUUCUUCUGUUCAAUUACCUCAUUCCAUUCUCUGAGCUUCUCGACCAAUCAGGACAGGCGUUGGAGUGUGAUGGAGGGGCCAGAGUCAACCUGAAGACUGAACAGAUCUGCAAGUUCCUGGUGUCUCUCAGUAAGGAUUUUAGCUCCUAUUACAACAGAGUCCACGUCCUUGGGGAGCCGUUGCCUCACCUCUUCAAUCAGAUGUUCUGUCGGCUGCAGUUGUUGAGAGCACUGAGAGAGCUCUACCAUCGCGCGUUGGAUACUCUUCACCUUCCUCCCAUCCGGCAGCUAUAGCCACAAAUACCCCAACUGUAGCCCCGAAUAUAGCCCCAACUGUAGCCCUGAAUAUAGCCCCAACAUACCCCAACUGUAGCCCCGAAUAUAGCCCCAACAUGCCCCAACAAAUGCCCCCAAAAUACCCCAACUGUAGCCCCAACAUGCCCCAACAAAUGCCCCCAAAUACUCCAACUAUAUAAGGCCUAAUAACUGGCGUAAAUUAUCACUAGCCUAUCCCCUACAUGAAAUACACAUAUAAAUGUCACUUUUACUACUGUACUGUAGCUAUUAGGCUUUUACCCCCCCCCCCCCCCCCCCAAUUAAAACCCUGUGAAGUCCUCUUAUGUAUAUGUGACAUACACCUGGUAUUACACCCAGUCUAUUUACUGUUGAUGAAAGAAACUGUCGAGAUAAUUUGCACCCCUGUGUGAAGCCUUGGUCUCCCCAGACGUAUCACCAGUCUCUGAUGCACCACAGAUGCAGCCUCUACCAGAGACCCUCACUGCCUUUGAAAUGAUGAACAUCUGCCUGUCUUCGGUCUUCCCUUCUACAAUACCAUAGACACUAUUCCGCUAACAGACACUGCCCUAGAGCCAUAGAUACAGUAUUUACACACACUGUAUGUACAGUGAGCACUGCCCCCGUCCUCAUCACUAGAUAUUGCGCCUGGCCACAAUGAGCCAUUUACUGUCCCCUUCUCCCUUCCCCUCCUACUUGAAUAAUACAAAGAUAUAUAUAUUUCAUUGGAACUGGCUGUGUCAGUAUUAUAUAUAUAUAUUGUGGUAAACCGUGGGGUGUGAAAUUGCUCGGUCUUCCUUCUCUCUCUUAACCGGUGUCCAUCUCUCACCCGCGGUGUGUCACCAUGCUCCUUUUGGGGCGGCAGGGUAGCCUAGUGGUUAGAGCGUUGGACUAGUAACCGGAACGUUGCGAGUUCAAACCCCCGAGCUGACAAGGUACAAAUCUGUUAUUCUGCCCCUGAACAGGCAGUUAACCCACUGUUCCUAGGCCGUCAUUGAAAAUAAGAAUUUGUUCUUAACUGACUUGCCUGGUUAAAUAAAGGUAAAAUUAAUUUGAAAAAUUAUCCGUUAAUUUACCAGGUAAGUUGACUGAGAACACGUUCUCAUUUGCAGCAACCACCUGGGGAAUAGUUACGGGGAUGAAUGAGCCAAUUGUAAACUGGGGAUUAUUAGGUGACCGUGAUAGUUGGAGGGCCAGGUUGGAAAUUUAGCCAGGACACCGGGGUUAACACCCCUACUCUUACAAUAAGUGCCAUGGGAUCUUUAAUGACCUCAGAGAGUCAGGACCCCCGUUUAACAUCCAAUCCGAAAGACUGCACCCUACACAGGGCAGUGUCACUGCCCUGGGGCAUUGGGAUAUUUUGUUUUUAGACCAGAGGAAAGAGUGCCUCCUACUGGCCCUCCAACACCACUUCCAGCAGCAUCUGGUCUCCCAUCCAGGAACUGACCAGGACCAACCCUGCUUAGCUUCAGAAGCAAGCCAGCAGUGGUAUGCAGGGUGGUAUGCUGCUGGUAUUUGGCCUCCACGGCUGGUUGGCACUUUCCUCUAAUCACCUCCACUUAGAGCUGUCCGUGUCGGGGUGCCCAGCUCCCGUAUUCCCAGCAGAGGGAGCCAACGUCGACUCACGUACCUCCCCUCUAUUACCAUCCCCCGGGGCAGACCUCCUGGGAUACCACAAUGUAUAUAUGGAAUGAUACAUGUGACAUAGACUAACCCACCACCACCACAGUACUUCUGUUGUGCCAAAGUAUUAUACAGUACUGUCCCAGAUCCCCGUUCUCCAUUGUCGCUCUGUGCCAUAUCUUGGACUGUUGUUAUUGUGUACGUUUUUUGUGUUUUUAUGGUGACCCGAGCUUUACACGGACUCUCACUCUCUCCCACAAUGUUGUCAACUGUGCAUUGGGCCAAUAUAUUUUCCACCUAGAUCAAUAAAUGAGUGUUGACCUCGGUGA